AUUCACAAGGAAGCAUCCACUCAAGCUUAUAAGAAUUGAACUUCAGUUGAGGGAUGCUUCAUUCUCACUAAUUUUCCUAGAGGAAACAGGAUGAAUGUCUAAAAAAAGAUGUGUAAACUUAUCAGUCAAUCUCAUUCAAUGGGAAUCAAAGUCACAAACCUAAUUUUUCAUUAUUUAGAUCAUAUGCUUGUUUAUCGUUCUGAUGAGUACUGAUCAAAUUUCCCAAAUAUGCCAUCUGUCUGAGCUUACUUUGGACUUUGAGGUUAAUUCUGAACACCUGACCUGUUCCAACAUGCUAAGCCUAUUACCAGAUUAAGGACAGAAUACAAUCAGUACCAAAAUGUGCUCCUAUCUAAUUACAAAAACACUUUUGAGCAGAACAGUGGAGGUGGCGGAAUAUCUUGUCUCACCAGUUAAGGCAAAUGUAUAUCUAAGGCACCUGGAUAGUUUGGAAGAAAAAACACAUCAAAAAAGAGCAUAAUGGCUCAGGAUAUGAGUGAGAAGGAGCUAAAACAGAUGGAAUUAGAUCAACUGAAGAAGGAAGUGAAGCUUGAAAGACAAAUGAUCUCCAAGACAGCGAAAGAACACAGAACCUUUAUAGAAUCUAUGGCUGCAGAAGACCCCAUCUUAAAAGGGGUUCCAGAGGACAAGAACCCAUUCAAGGAGAAGGGAGGUUGUACAAUAAGCUGACCCUGGCCUCACCCAAAAGAAGAUCUUUGUUGCUCUCUUUAUAUGCUACUUAGUACUGUAUGAAUUAUGUUUACCCUAUACAAUGAGUCUAAAUCAAGAUUGGGGAACUUUUUGGCCCCAAAGGGUGCUGGGGUAGCUGGUAGUCAGCUAUAUUGGAAGGGCCAUAGGAUCCCCAUC